AUGAGUGGAACACUUCCUUCAUGUUUAGGUAUCUUAAGCAAUUCGUUGAUUGCUUUGUAUCUGAAACGAAACAACUUCCAUGGAAAAAUGAUGAAUGCUUUUAUGUCCGGAAGCCUGUUGAACCACCUUGAUUUGAGCGAAAAUAGAUUCAUCGGUCAACUGCCAAGAUCACUGAUGAAUUGUACACACUUAGAGUUUCUCUCUCUUGAAGAUAACUCUUUUCAUGAUGUCUUUCCUUCUUGGUUGGGAACUCUUCCCAGACUGCAAGUUCUGGUUUUGCGGUCCAACAAACUACAUGGUCCAAUUGACGGUUCCACUGCUGCUUCCUCACGGUUCCCUAUGUUGCGGAUCAUAGACCUCUCUAACAACCGUUUCAGUGGUCAGUUGGACCAAAAUUACUUUCAAACAUUGCAUGCCAUGAGCUCUGGAAAUCUUGGCAUAUCAUCUGUUAUGGAAACAAAUAUAUCCUCCAAACAUGUCAAAUUAGAUUGGGCAUACUCAAUGACAUUAACACACAAAGGUGUCAGAAUAGACUACGAUCUAAUUUUAACCAUAGAUAUGUCCAUUGAUCUCUCUUGUAACCAUUUUGAAGGAGAAAUCCCACAAUCACUCCAACAUCUUCGAGGCCUUCAAUCACUCAAUCUUUCCAACAAUCAUUUUACUGGACGUGUCCUGCCAUCUUUGGGGCACCUAAAGAAUCUUGAAGCUUUGGAUCUCUCUCGAAACCACCUAUCUGGGGAAAUUCCUCAACAGUUGGUGCAACUCGGUUUCCUUUCCAUCUUCAAUGUGUCAUUCAACCGUCUACAGGGGCGCAUACCACAAGGAAAACAGUUUGAUACAUUUGAUAACAACUCCUACAUCGGGAAUCCCCGAUUGUGUGGACGACCUUUAUCCAAGGAAUGUCAGGAUCAUCCAAAUGUGUCAAGACUUCCACCAACAAGCAGUGUGUCUGAAUCUCUCUUCCCAACCGAAACAAUUGAUUGGAUCAUCGUAUUUUGUGGAGUUGGAAGUGGGUUGGUUGUUGGGAUUGCUAUCGGGAACAAUCUUCAUACAAGGUAUAGUCAUCAGAUCACAAAGAGGAAGGACACAUGGGUAAGGCCUCUUCGUAACACUAGGAGAAACCAAGGUAUAAUAAUUCGUUAA